AUGACAUAUUCAACAGGCGCUACCCCAUACUCUGUAGCUGUUGGUGAUUUUAACAACGACAACCGACUCGAUAUCGUCAUCUCUAACUAUGAUGACAAUUCUGUCAGUAUACUUCUCGGAUAUGGCAAUGGCUCCUUUGCAAAUCAAAUGACCUAUUUAACUGGCUCUCAGCCAAGGUUUGUAGCUGUGGGUGAUUUUAACAACGACACCCGACUAGAUAUCGUCGUUGCUAAUGCUGCUGAUAACACUGUAAGUGUUCUUCUUGGAUGUGGCAAUGGCUCUUUUGCCAGUCAUACAACAUAUUCAACUGGCUCUCUCCCAUACUGUGCAGUUGUUGGUGAUUUUAAUAACGACAACAGACUCGAUAUCGUCGUUGCUAAUCAGAAGGACAGCACUCUAAGUGUCCUUAUCGGAUACGGCAAUGGCUCUUUUGCAAAUCAAACGACAUAUUCAACGGGCUCUUUCCCAUACGGUGUAGUUGUUGGUGAUUUUAAUAACGACGCUCGACAAGAUAUUGUUGUUUCUAAUAUGAAAGUCAACACUGUUAGUGUAUUUCUUGGAUAUGGCAAUGGCUCCUUUGCGGAUCAAAUGACCUAUUCAACUGGCUCUAAGCCAAGGUUUGUAGCUGUGGGUGAUUUUAAUAAUGACACCGGACUAGAUAUCGUCGUCGCUAAUGCUGCUGAUAACACUGUAAGUAUUCUACUUGGAUAUGGUAAUGGUUCUUUUAUCAAUCAAACGACAUAUUCAACAGGUUCCAACCCAACUGCUGUAGCUAUUGGUGAUUUUAAUAACGACAACCGACUCGAUAUUGUCGUCGGUAAUUGGAAUGAGAACACUUUAAGUGUACUUCUCGGCUAUGGCAAUGGCUUUUUUAUGAACCAAAUGACCUAUUCAACUGGCUUUACUCCUUCAUAUGUGGUUGUUAAUGAUUUUAAUACCGACAACCGACUUGAUGUCGUCGUCGCUAAUGUGAAUGCGAAAAGUGUUACUAUACAUCUCGGAUAUCCGAAUGAAGGUUUUAUAAACCAAAUGAGACUGACAACUGGCAAUGGAUCUCGACCUAGGUCGUUCACCAAUGGGGAUUUUAAUAAUGACGGUCAAAUAGAUAUUGCAAUUGUGAAUUCAGGCACUAACAACAUCGGUAUUUUUCUUGGAUAUGCCAAUGGUUCUUUCGCAAAUCAAAUGACAUAUUCAACUGAUUUCUCUCCAUGGUCUGCAGCUGUUGGUGAUUUCAACAACGAUACCAUACUUGAUAUCGUCGUGACGAAUCAUGGCAAUGAUAAUGUUGGUGUAUUUCUUGGAUGUGGUAAUGGUUCUUUUUUAAGUCAAAAAACGUUUACUACCGGUUUUAACUCUGAACCAAACGCGGUUGCCAUUGGCGAUUUCAACAACGACACCUUUCUUGACAUAAUUGUCGCCAAUUAUGGCAGAAACAACUUAGGUGUGCUGCUUGGGUAUGGUAAUGGCUCUUUCGCAGAUGUAAAGCUUUUUUCGAUCAGUCAUGGAUCUUUUCCAUUCUUGCUUUCUAUUGGUGAUUUGAACAAUGACGGAAAGUUAGAUUUCGCCGUCGUCAACGAAGGAGCUGACAAUUUAAAAAUUUUCUUACAGACUUGUUAA